AGGGAAUGGUGAUGUUACAAAGGAGUCUGAGGCACAUAUUACGUUCAAUGGAUGCAAAAAUAGUACAUGUGAACAAUUGUGUCAACAAAAACAUGGACAAGCAUAUUGUACCGUGGAAGGACUUUGUCAUUGGGAUGGUGAUGUUACAAAGGAGUCUGAGGCACAUAUUACGUUCAAUGGGUGCAAAAAUAGUACAUGUGAACAAUUGUGUCAACAAAAACAUGGACAAGCAUAUUGUACCGUGGAAGGACUUUGUCAUUGUAUUUCCCACCCACAUCCUCCUAGUUCCCCAAUUAGG